AAACCAUUCGACUCGUGGCGUCUGCAUCAAGUCUGAAAGCAGACGCGCAACUUUCGCAGAAUCCACCUUAAAAUCUCUGCCUUAAACUGCACCAGCCCCCAAAAAAUCCAAGGGGGGAAAGAAGGGGGGGAGAGCAGAUUCCCCCCUCCCCCCUCUCCUCUCCCAUCCCUCCCCCUUCCUCCUCCCUUUGAGUUAACAAGGCCCUGCUCACUAUAUCUCUUUAUAUUAAAAAAUAUAUAUAUUAGAGAAGAGCGAGGGAGAGAGAGAACCACCUCCACCCCCUCUUUUUUUUUAAUUUUUUAUUUAUUUAUUUAUUUUUUUGCAAGAAUCCCAAGAGCUAAGGUGGCUGCAGAGGGGAGAGCGGCGCGAGCCAAGUGGGGGGAGGGUGGAGGAAACCCGGGAGAAGGCUUUCUCCAGCCCCCAAAGUUUUGAUGAUGACCAUGACUACGAUGGCUGACGGCUUGGAAGGCCAGGACUCGUCCAAAUCCGCCUUCAUGGAGUUCGGGCAACAACAGCAGCAGCAACAGCAGCAGCAGCAGCAGCAGCAGCAGCAACAGCAGCCGCCGCCGCCGCCGCCGCCACAGCCGCACUCGCAGCAGAGCUCCCCGGCCAUGGCAGGCGCGCACUACCCUCUGCACUGCCUGCACUCGGCGGCGGCGGCGGCGGCGGCGGCGGCCGGCUCGCACCACCACCACCACCAGCACCACCACCACGGCUCGCCCUACGCGUCGGGCGGCGGCAACUCCUACAACCACCGCUCGCUCGCCGCCUACCCCUACAUGAGCCACUCGCAGCACAGCCCUUACCUCCAGUCCUACCACAACAGCAGCGCGGCCGCCCAGACGCGAGGGGACGACACAGAUCAACAAAAAACCACAGUGAUUGAAAACGGGGAAAUCAGGUUCAAUGGAAAAGGGAAAAAGAUUCGGAAGCCUCGGACCAUUUAUUCCAGCCUGCAGCUCCAGGCUUUAAACCACCGCUUUCAGCAAACUCAGUACCUGGCCCUUCCCGAGAGAGCUGAACUGGCAGCUUCCUUAGGACUGACACAAACACAGGUGAAGAUAUGGUUUCAGAACAAACGCUCUAAGUUUAAGAAAUUGCUGAAGCAGGGCAGUAACCCGCACGAGAGCGACCCCCUCCCGGGCUCAGCGGCCCUGUCACCGCGCUCGCCGGCGCUGCCUCCAGUGUGGGACGUUUCUGCCUCAGCCAAGGGCGUCAGUAUGCCCCCCAACAGCUACAUGCCCGGCUAUUCGCAUUGGUACUCCUCUCCACACCAGGACACGAUGCAGAGACCACAGAUGAUGUGAGUUGUCUGAGGGAAAUUGAUACCCUAGGGAAACGUCUGAACAAGGCAAGGAGGAUCCAGGACCUGCUUGCAUCUGCCAAACCCAGCCGAAGGAGCAGGCUCGGGAGGACUCUUCUGUGUGGCAAGACAGUCUGGGCGCUUGCUCGCCCUCUCGCUCUCUCUCCCCCUCUCUCCUCCUUCCCUUCCUUUCCUUCCCUCCUUUCCUUUUUCCCUUUCUUUUUCUCAUCUGCUUUUUCCCUUGAGCAGCCUCAGUAACUGAUUUUGCAUCUUAGAGAGAGAGAGAGAGAGAGAGAGGGAGUGAGAGAGAGAGAAACUGGUUUCUAUGCCAGUGCUCCUGAAACUCCUCACUGCAAGGACAUUUUCCCUUACCCUUUGGGAUCCAGGCUCUGAGCCUCCUCUUCUCUUUGGGAAUAUCCAUCAAAACGACUUUUUUUUUAACAGACAUUUUCCCCCACCAGAAGAAUCUGCGCAAACAUGGCAGCGUUUUUACUUGUUUAAUGAGCUUAAGACAUUACAUGAUGAAAAAGAAGCAUUUCGGGCUCCUGCAUUUUUAUUUACCAAUCCCAGACUGACAAAACAAAACAAAACAAAACAAGAAAAAGAAAAGAGAAAGAAAAGAAAAAGAAAAAACCUUUACCUAACAGCCCUUCUUUAAAGAAAAAGGAAAAAUCGGCUGUAAGAUUAGAACAUUGCCACAAAGGGAACGCUGCAUGUUUUAUCAAAAUGCAAUGAGCAAGAAUGAUGAUGUUUUUUAAAAAAAAAACAACAACAAAACAAAACCACUCUUUCCCCACCCCACCCCCAAACCCUGAACUGGAAUCAGGAAAGACAGAGGAAACAACCAAAAUCACCAUUCUAUUGCUUUGAUACCUUUACUAGGUGAAUUGGUGGCAUUCACUAAGCUAAUAGGGACGUUUAUAUUGAGAAACAUUUCUGUAUAUAUUGUUGAAUUUUAGUUGUACAUAUACUUUGUAUGGUUUUGUCUUCUUUCAUAUAUGGAGUAAAAGCCACAAAACGC